AUGAUAGAUCACGUUCUGGGGAGACCAUCGACCAGAUUCCGAAAGGUUCAGGUGCUUGCUGUAUUCAUAUUCUGGUCCUACUACCUUUUAAGGGGGAAUAAACAUGGCCCUCCCGUUGUUCGAGGCGUUUCAUCCCGCCUCUCGAAGAGGCUGAGCGUUUGGCAAACCACCGUUGCUGUUGUUCUGUGGCUCUAUUUCUGUCGGAACUUCGCUAAAAUCGUGGGCCUCGAAUGCCCUGAGCCGUUAGCGAACCUCUAUUCCCGAUCUUUCUUCCGCGCGACAUGGAUCACAACGGCGCUGGAUGCUGGAUUCUGGACCGCAAUGAAGAUCCGGCCCAAAUGGCUCCGGGAAAUUUCAUCCUUGGGCUGCACGGCCUAUUAUCUGUUUGCGGCUGAGCAGGCAGAUGAUAAGGUUCGCCGUGUGCGAGCAACUCUGACCGUGGAACAUUUGCGGGUAUCGUGGAACAAAGGGACGACACCGUAUCUCUGGGCUCUUGCGGGCCUAGUACGUCCACGCCUAACCAGAUAUCCACCCCGUGCUAUACGCAUUCCCCGGCCCCGACAGUCGAUCUACAAUGAGCCCACUAAUGCAUGGCUCUACUUUGACGGGCCUUUGAGUGCGCUGAGAGACCAGACCUGCAUUGUUCUUGACAUUCCCGGAGGUGGGUUUGUUUCCAUGACACCCCGGCACUCGGAGGAUCGAUUACUUGCCUGGGCUGGCAAAACCAAGCUCCCGAUCUUGAGUCUCAACUAUAAAAAGGCACCUGAAUAUCCCUACCCUUACGCCCUGAAUGAGUGUUAUGAUGUUUACCACUCUAUAAUCACCACGCGCGGUCGCUGCUUAGGGCUUGCUGGAGAUGCACCACCUCGCAUCUUUCUCACGGGCGAUAGCGCUGGGGCUAAUCUUGCCGUUGGAACCACAUUGAUGGUUCUCCAGUCUGGGGAAAAGGAUCAAUCUUUGGGCCAAGGUCCAAACUCCCUUCCGCCACCAGAUGGGUUGGUUCUGUCUUACCCGGCUCUGAACAUGAAGAUCGAGAGCUGGAUGACCGAAGAGCAAAUGGCAUUAGUCCAGGACAAGAGUACCAGUCGAAGUGUCAAGCAAAGAAAGGAUUCGGAUUAUCAGCGGCUGACGCCGUUUGCUACUCCGGGGGCAUCUAUUGAUGACCUUCGACAGAAUUCCUACCUCUCUGAGCCGGAUCUAGAGGCAGGUGCUCUGGCCGAGGAAACGCCGGGAAUGACAGUAGAAGAGGAUAAGCAAGAGUUUCCAGAUAUGGAAGCUGCAUACCUUGCAAACAAUCAGCCCAAGAAGAUCCGAACCAAAUUGGCAGUGUCGUCCGUGAUAUCAUAUGUCAAUGAUAGGAUCCUGUCGCCAGAAAUGAUGCGGGCAAUGAUCAUUCUCUACAUCGGACCUCACAAUCGCCCGGACUUCAACACAGACUACCUACUGUCACCAAUCCUAGCGCCUGAGGCGCUUCUCGCACAAUUCCCAAAAACAUACAUCAUUACGGGGGAACGAGACCCACUAGUCGACGACACGGUCGUCUUCGCCGGAAGGCUCCGACAGGCCAAACUGCGCCGAUUCCACGAAAGACAGGAGCUAGGUCUUGAGAAGUCACACCGGUCUUUCAACGAGAAGGAUCAUGUGGAGGUAUCAUUACUCCCAGGAAUUUCACACGGCUUCCUACAAAUGGCCGGGUUCUUCCCAGACAGCUGGAAGCAUAUCAACAGGUGUGCUGCCUGGAUCCAAACCCUAGUCAACAUGGCCGAUAUGAGAAAAUCGCCGUCCGGUAUUGAUAGUACCAACAGCAUCUCUCCUAGACUUGACAGUAAGCACCAGGACUCACCGCGUAACCACAAACGCACCCUCACCGGUGAAUCUUCCGCAGAUGAAGACAAACCACUCGAAAUGAGCAUUGGAAAAUCGUCUCCCCUAUCUCCAACAGCUCGCUGUGCCAGUGCCCCAUGUUACAGCCAAGAACAACCUAAUGCUGUACCGGAUGAGUCUCAAAUUUUGCAGCUUCCCACUACAGACGAGAGUUCUAAACAAGGCGAGGAAGUGAGCCCCAGAGAAGGAAGUACUUCUCGAGGCCGACCAGCUCGGCCGAAGGGCCUAGGCAAACGACGACCAUUCGCACCGACGAAUAUCAACAUCCCUCAGGAAUGGGCGUCUGAUCCAGUGAGUCCAGUGCGGGAGAGAGAACACAGCUUGCACAGUCUAUCCAGCGAGGAUGACCUCUUGGGUCGCCGGAUGUCUGGGCUGGCUGGUGGGUUGAUGGGGAUAGGCGAGGGUGCUCGGACGCCGUGA